GAUAUCAACCUGAUAAGUCCAGUCACCCCCCGCCCCUCUUCUCCUACUUCCAUUUGAGAGAGAGAGAGAGAGAGAGAGAGAGAGAUGUACGUGACAAGGCCUCUUUCCAUGUACCGGAAAUCCCCGAGCACCCUUUCAGAGCCGCCACCUGAUGCUCCAUAUUCUGGUUAUCUUGUAAUUACAGAUGAAGAAGCAGAAGCAGGAGAUUCAUUUUGUUGGGGCAUAUGCAAGCGUAAGAGAGUUAAGAAGCUACCAUUCCCCCAAGAUAAGAUCCUGACCAUUUUUCAUUCAUCCGAGUAUGGAGAAACGACUACCACUAAGGUUUUGUUUAUCCCAGUUCUUGAUAAGCCUCUGUCUUCUAAUCGUUACUAUGUUAUCAGAGCAAAAGGCAGGUACAAAGGGAAAGUGUGCAAAUGUUCAAGAGAGAUGGAUGUCAUGACAUGUUGCUUUAGUGACAUCUUGAGGGACAAAAGACCAAAACCUUUCAAUCUCAGAGAUCUAUACCAACAAGUUCAGAUUCACAGCCAUCAAAGCGGAGGUUUCUUUGCCAAGUCUAUAGCACCGGACGGUAUUCCUCCAAAAUUCCUCAGAAAAAAAGGAUGGAAAGUCCGCGGCUCAAGUUUCUAUCGAUUACGACUAGGGGAAGCUCUAGGCCUUGAUGCCUCGCUUCGGGAACUUCUCCCGGAUUUCAAUUUUCCCAUCCUUAGAAAGCGUUCAGCUCCUGUUGUUGUGGGGAAAUGGUAUUGUCCGUUUAUAUUUGUAAGGGAGAAAACCAGAGUAAGGCGCCAGAUGAAGAAGACAAGGUUUUACACCAUGACUCUAGAGCAAAAGUGGGAAGAAAUUUACUCAUGCGGGAAUGCUAAUAGCGAAGACAAUGUAGUCAUCGUGAAUGCUGAUGUGCAAAGAGAAGUGACUUUAGUUGCCAGGCAGGAAGCGGUGAAAGAUGAUAGACAUGCCCAAAAUGGGUUCAUUUGGUUUAGAGUUGAUAAUUGCCAAAAUGGCAGGAGAGGCAGAGGAGUUGUGGGUGUGGGUUUAAGUCAUGCAAUUGUAGAGAAUAUGAGGUGGGUGCAAGAAGCAGGAGGGUGGGUUAAUGGAACAGAAAGAGAAGUGAAGGUGGAGAGGGUUGAACAAAUUACUAGUGAGAGUGAGUGGCAGAGAUUUGGAUGCUAUGUGCUGGUGGAGAGUUUUGUUUUGAGGAGAAUGGAUGGAAGUUUAGUGCUGAAAUGGGAUUUUAGGCACACUCAUAGGAUUCGAUGCAAAUGGGAACACGAUUAGUAAUGAAUUUCUGACAACAAAAAUCCUUGAAACAGUGUUUCCAUUGUUCAUGUGAGUGUCCAUUGUGCACCUCUAUUGUUUGUAAUGAACCCACCCUUUGUAUGUAAUGAACCCACCCUUUUACUCUA